AUGGGAGGUACACAUAGAUACACAACAGCACCACAGACAGUCACCUAUUCAGCAUCGGCCAAUAACCAUACCUUAGAAGAAGAAAAGAAUGGAGAAGAAGAAACAGCAAGAAUUCCAAUAUCAACGAACCGCCGACAUAAAAAACCAACGGUAGCUGUGCAUUCAACAGGAGACGAUGGUGUCGCUCGCACCGGAAACGAGAUCGAUGCUGUUUUCCGAGAUCCACAUACGUGCCUAUAUACGAUCGUGCACGAGUUCGGAAAAAGCUGUGUAUUUCGCCCUCUGGUUGCCGAUAAAUCGACGCGAAGUGCUCUCGGAAGAUCCGUUGAACGACUUUCAAACGACGAGAUAAAUCAUUCAUAUGCUCUGCGUUUGUCCGGAAACGAGUGGGACGACAUUCCUGCAGGAGAGAGACCAGUUUGCGGGAAGGAUCGAUUCCCUGUCUCCUUCUUCGUUGCUUGUCCCAUGACGAAAUUCAUCCGUAUUGGGAUUGCCGACAAGAACGACAAUCCACCUUACUUCGAUAAAGGCCUCUACGAGGCUGAAGUAGACGAAAAUGAGGAUAUUCAGCACACGGUCCUUACUGUCACCGCCAAAGAUCACGACGAGUCCUCGCGUAUUCGAUACGAGAUUACGAGCGGUAACGUAGGUGGUGCAUUCGCCGUGAAGAAUAUGACCGGCGCAAUUUACGUCGCAGGUGCAUUGGAUUACGAGACCAGGAAAAGGUACGAGCUUCGCCUGACUGCGUCGGAUAACUUGAAAGAAAAUUACACGACCGUGGUGAUACACGUGAAGGAUGUAAACGAUAAUCCGCCUGUCUUCAAGCGACCAAAUUACUGGACGCAAAUCACCGAAGAAGACGACAGGAGUCUACCCAAACGCGUUCUUGAGGUCAUAGCUACCGAUGGCGAUAAAGACAGACCAAACAACAUCGUCUACUUCUUAACUGGACAGGGUAUCGAUCCUGAUAAUCCAGCAAACAGCAAGUUCGAUAUCAACCGCACAAGUGGAGAAAUCUACGUAUUAAAGCCACUGGACAGGGAUCAACCAAAUGGAAGACCCCAAUGGCGAUUCACUGUGUUUGCUCAAGACGAAGGAGGAGAAGGUUUAGUCGGAUACGCUGACGUCCAGGUGAAUUUGAAGGACAUCAACGAUAAUGCACCAACCUUCCCUCAAGGAAUUUAUUUCGGCAACGUCACAGAAAAUGGCACCUCAUCAAUGGUUGUGAUGACUAUGACGGCGGUCGAUUACGAUGACCCAGCUGAAAGUUCGAAUGCCAGACUGACAUACUCCAUUGAAAAGAAUGUGAUCGAAGAAGAAACCGGUUCACCAAUUUUCCAAAUCGAUCCAGGAACUGGUGUGAUAACAACAGCCGUUUGCUGCUUGGACAGAGAACGCACCCCCGAUUAUUCUAUACAAGUGGUGGCAAUGGAUGGAGGCGGUUUAAAAGGAACAGGGACAGCUUCUAUACGAGUGAAAGAUAUAAAUGAUAUGCCGCCUCAGUUCACAAAAGAUGAGUGGUUUACAGAAGUAGACGAAACCGAAGGUCCAGAUUUACCGGAAAUGCCGAUUCUUACGGUCACAGUGCACGACGAGGACGAAACUAAUAAAUUCCAAUAUAAGGUCAUCGAAAACAGCGGCUAUGGGGCUGAUAAAUUCACUAUGGUGAGGAACAACGAUGGCACAGGUUCUUUGAAGAUCGUGCAACCGUUAGAUUACGAGGACCAAUUGCAAAGCAACGGUUUUAGGUUUAGAAUACAAGUCAAUGACAAGGGUGAAGAUAAUGACAACGAUAAAUACCACGUAGCCUAUUCCUGGGUAGUCGUUAAACUGCGAGAUAUAAACGAUAACCAACCGCAAUUCAAGAUGGCCAAUAUCGAAACAACCGUACCAGAAAAUGCUCGCAUUGGGGACAGUCUUGAAACCUUCACAGCCACCGAUCCUGAUCAAAGUGGCAAGAGUAAAGUAUUUUACACGAUUGACAGAAGCUCGGAUCGCAAAAGGCAAUUUUCAAUUAACGAAACCGGGACCGUUUCGAUCCAGAGGAGUCUCGAUCGCGAAGAAACACCUCGACAUCAGGUGAAAAUUUUGGCCAUCGACGACGGUAUUCCUCCUAAGACGGCGACAGCCACGUUAACAGUAAUCGUCCAGGAUAUAAAUGAUAAUCCACCGAGGUUCCUGAAGGAUUAUCGGCCGAUACUUCCAGAACAUGCACAAACGAAGAAAGUAGUGGAAAUUUUGGCAACUGACGACGAUGACAGAUCGAAGAGCAAUGGACCACCUUUCACAUUUAGAAUGGAUCCAAAAGCGGACGAUGUGAUUCGAGCCAGUUUCAAAGUUGAAAGCGAUAACAAGGGUGCAAACGGGGACGGCAUGGCCAUUGUGUCAUCAUUACGAUCGUUCAAUCGAGAACAACAAAAGGAGUACUUAAUACCGAUCGUUAUCAAGGAUUCAGGAACUCCUUCAAUGUCUGGGACCAGUACUUUAACAGUUAUUAUCGGGGACGUUAAUGAUAACAAAAUGCAGCCCGGAUCGAAAGACAUUUUUGUAUAUAAUUAUGCAGGACAAUCACCGGACACCGAGAUAGGCAGAGUAUACGUGUACGAUUUGGACGACUGGGAUUUGCCGGACAAGAAAUUCUAUUGGGAAGGUUUAGAACAUACACAGUUUAAAUUGGAUGAGGAUACUGGUAUGAUUUACAUGAAAGCAGGUACACACGACGGUAGAUAUCAUCUUCGUUUCAAAGUCUACGAUCGAAAACACACUCAGACAGACGUUCCAGCUAACGUCACUGUUACCGUCAAGAGUAUUCCUCACGAAGCCGUGUUAAACUCUGGUUCCGUUCGAAUAUCUGGGAUAACAGACGAAGAUUUUAUUCGAGUUUGGGAUUAUAAAUCGCAAACUUUAUCUCGCAGUAAAGCGGAAUUAUUGAGAGAUAAGUUGGCCCAUUUGUUGAAUAUCGAUAGAGAAAAUGUUGAUGUGUUCAGUGUCCAAUUACGUAGAAUGCAUCCACCUUUAACGGAUGUUAGAUUCGCUGCUCAUGGGUCACCGUAUUACAAACCUGUUAGGUUAAACGGAAUCGUACUGAUGCAUCGGGAAGAGAUCGAGAAGGAAGUUGGUAUCAAUAUAACGAUGGUUGGCAUCGACGAAUGUUAUUACGAAAACGAAGUGUGCGAGGGUAGUUGCACAAACACAUUGGACAUCAGCAGUUUGCCUUACAUGGUGAACGCAAACAAAACUGCCCUUGUUGGUGUACGGGUGGAUGUAAUCGCUGAAUGUACAUGCGGAGCACGAAAUUUCAGUAAAGGGGAAUCUUGUAGAAGCAGUCCAUGUUACAACGGCGGACGUUGCGUGGAAGGACGAUUUGGAUUAUCAUGUCAGUGUCCGUCUGGAUAUAAUGGUCCAAGGUGCCAACAAACUGCAAGAAGUUUCCGUGGCAAUGGUUGGGCUUGGUAUCCUGCUUUAGAGAUGUGUGACAACAGUCAUUUAAGCUUUGAAUUCAUUACGAAAAAACCUGAUGGCUUACUUUUGUACAAUGGACCUAUUGUUCCACCUGAAGCGGACGAAAUUAUGGUUUCUGAUUUUAUAUCCGUCGAACUGGAACGUGGAAUACCUCGACUGUUAAUAGAUUUCGGAUCUGGUACUCUAGAACUGAAAGUUAAACCAAGAACGACGUUAGACGAUGGAGAGUGGCACAGAUUAGACAUCUUCUGGAAUACAGAGACUGUGAAACUGAUCAUUGACUACUGCAAGUCUGCAAAUAUCUCAGAGCCGGAAGACGGCACUCCUCCAGAGUUCAACGACACCAGCUGCCAGGCACAGGGUACCAUACCACCUUUCAAUGAAUACCUAAACGUAAACGCGCCUCUUCAAAUCGGUGGCUUAUACGUCGAGCAAUUCGACCCGACUCAUUACAAAUGGAAACACAUGCCGGUUGGCAAAGGCUUCGAGGGUUGCAUCAAGAAUCUCUUCCACAACAGCAAACUGUACGAUCUAGCUCAUCCUGGACUCUCGAGGAACAGCGUAGCUGGUUGCCCACAAACCGAAGAAAUCUGCAACAACCAGGAAUCCACAUUCCGAUGCUGGGAACACGGUACUUGCGUAGGCAGCUUCACCGAAGCCAGAUGCCAGUGCAAUUCUGGAUGGACUGGUCCAGGUUGCAUGACGCCCACUAUACCAACGUCAUUCAAACCGCAAAGCUACGUGAAAUAUGCAUUGUCCUUUGAACCGGACAAAUACUCCACUCAGAUUCAAUUAAGAUUCCGUACUCGAGAGGUUCAUGGCGAACUUUUUAGAGUCAGUGAUCAACACAACAGGGAAUAUGCAAUCCUGGAGAUUAAGGACAGCAGACUGCACUUCCGGUACAAUCUGAACAGUUUAAGAACCGAAGAACGCGAUAUUUGGCUAACUGCCAUAGCUGUCGAUGAUGGACAAUGGCACACGGUCAAAGUAUCCAGAUAUGGAUCCGCGGCUACUUUGGAAUUAGAUGGAGGCGAAGGAAGACGAUUCAACGAAACCUUUUCUUUUGAUGGACACCAAUGGUUGUUGGUUGACAAACAGGAAGGAGUUUAUGCAGGUGGCAAAGCUGAGUACACUGGUGUUCGAACGUUUGAAGUGUACGCUGAUUAUCAGAAAGGAUGUCUGGACGAUAUCAGAUUAGAAGGAAAGCAUCUUCCGCUUCCACCUGCCAUGAAUGGAACACAAUGGGGUCAGGCAACGAUGGCGAGAAAUUUGGAAAGAAAUUGCCCGUCAAACAAACCCUGUGCCAACGUUAUUUGCCCAGAACCAUUCGAGUGUAUUGAUCUUUGGAACGAAUACGACUGCACGUGCGGUGAAGGAAGAAUUCCAUCGCCAGAUAAUAAAGGAUGUAUGGAUAAAAACGAAUGCAUAGAUUAUCCCUGCUUAAACGGAGGCAGAUGUAUCAAUCAGGAUCCUAGAUUCCGGUACAGAUGCAUUUGUCCCGACGGUUUCUGGGGAGAAAACUGCGAACUUGUUCAAGAGGGUCAGACGCUGAAACUCAGUAUGGGUGCUUUAGCAGCCAUUUUAGUCUGUCUUUUAAUUAUUCUCGUUCUCGUCCUAGUGUUUGUUGUUUACAACAGAAGAAGGGAGUCUCACAUUAAAUAUCCUGGACCUGACGACGAUGUGAGGGAAAAUAUUAUCAAUUAUGAUGACGAAGGUGGCGGAGAGGAUGACAUGACCGCAUUCGACAUCACACCACUUCAAAUUCCUAUUGGUGGCCCGAUACCGGAAAUGGGUGGAAAACUACCACCGUGUAAAAUAGCUUAUCCGCUAGGACCGGAACCAAACGUGGGGAUGUUCAUAGAAGAUCAUAAAAAGAGAGCUGACAGUGAUCCAAAUGCACCACCGUUCGAUGAUCUGCGAAAUUAUGCAUACGAGGGCGGCGGAAGCAUCGCAGGCUCAUUAUCAUCUUUAGCUUCCGGAACGGACGACGAACAGCACGAGUACGAAUACUUAGGUGCAUGGGGCCCUAGAUUCGACAAGCUCGCUGACAUGUACGGGCCUGCAGAGGAAAGCGAAGAAGAGGACUAAAGUAUAUCCUCGGAAGAAUCCACAAGCUCACACAAUCCAUACAUCUACAGGAAGAAUAGUGCUCGUAUGAUCUUAAAACAACAAUGAAAAACGAACUAUCCAAUAGAACAUGCGAAUUCUUAUGAACUAUUCGAGAAGAACAUACCUAACCACGAAGCUGUAAGGAACUGAUCGACAUGGUGUUUUAAGUUACCCGAGCAACAAAGACGUUCCGUUUCGUUGAAUAAUCAUCGAGCCACGUCCUGGUUUUCGGUACGUGGCGUAUUUUACGCGAUGAGAAAGAUGCAAAUUAAAGAAAAGUAAACGCAGCCGCUCGUCGACGGUGAUCUCAUUCGAAAGGGCUUUCUGUUCCCGUCGCGUUACGAACGUUGUUGCAAUAAAUGUCUGUCGAGUCGCGGCCAUUGCAAACGCGCCCUUGGGCUACGCCACCCUUCGAGGUUGCAUACCUAUCUGUAUAGCACGUUACGCGUAUACGUAGUGAAUUCGUGCGUGUCUUAACAACACGCGAGAUUUUUCUAUCGAUAAAAUAAAUCUAUAUAUAUAUAUAUAUACAAUUCAUUAUUUUUAGUCACAGUCAUAGUUACUAUUUAUCGGUACCACCGAUCUCGAUGCCUCGGUAUUCGAGCGGAUAAUUAUUAAUCGUCGACGCGACAGCAUCGGUUCGACGGGAAUUACGGUUCGUUUUCACGUGACACUAAAUGACGACAUAUGUCAUGACUUUGUUGUCAAGAAAAACGUUAGUUUUCAUUUGUUAAAUUCAUAUAUCAACUGAUGUUAUCGAGUUUUUUGUAUUAUUAUGUUGUCACGGCGUUUGAUAUUGUAUAGA